CAGCCGCUGCCACCCAUGGGGAACAACCACUGCGUGCCCCAGACCCCCAGGAGGCUGCGGGCCUCCUUCUCCAGAAAGCCUUCUUUGAAGGGGAAUAGAGAGGACAGCGCGAGGAAACUGCCCAGCUUGCUUGGCACUGAGGCCCGCCUGGACAGUGACACCGCCGCGGACAAGAUCUUCCACUACAUCCCCGGGACGGACAUUCCAGGCCUGCAGAGUCAGCCAGAAAACCUGGAGCAGCCAUUCCUGAGUGUGUUCAAGAAGGGGCGAAGCAGGAUGCCUGUGAGGAACCUGGGCAAGGUUGUGCACUAUGCCAAGGUCCAGUUGCGGUUCCAGCACAGCCAGGACAUCAGUGAUUGCUACCUGGAGCUGUUCCCCUCCCACCUCUACUUCCAGGCCCAUGGUUCUGAAGGACUCACAUUCCAGGGACUGUUACCUCUGACAGAGCUGAGCAUCUACCCACUCGAGGGGUCCAGAGAGCACGCCUUCCAGAUCACAGGGCCACUACCCGCCCCCCUCCUCGUUCUCUGCCGCAGUGAGGCUGAGCUUAGUCUCUGGCUCUACCACCUGGAGAAACAGAUGGCUCUCAUGGGGGGACUGCAGCGCUGUCACUCGGCACCCCCACAGGUCACCCCACAGGUAUCCCAUGGGGAUAAGCUUCCCUGGGCUCUGCAGCAGCGACUGACCCAGCUGCAGAGGGCAUCAGGACGGGAAUUGGUGGGCAGCGCCAUCUGUGCAUCAAGGGUCAAGCUGCAGCACCUGCCCUCCCAGGAGCAGUGGGACAGGCUCUUGGUUCUGUACCCGGCAUCCCUAGCCAUCUUCUCUGAGGAGCCAGAUGGGCUUGGCUUUAAGGGGGAGCUGCCACUGAGUGCCAUCCAUAUCAACCUGGAAGAGAAAGAGAAACAGAUACGCUCAUUCCUGAUCGAAGGCCGCCUCAUCAACACCAUCCGUGUGGUGUGUGCCAGCUACGAGGACUACAGCCACUGGCUUUUCUGCCUCCGCACAGUCUCUUGUAGGGAUGGCCCCCCACUGCUGCCCAGCCCUGAGAGCUUCCAAGGGUUUCAGGGGCCCACAGAGGUUAUGGGUGGUGGCCGAGGUUCUCUCUCCUCGGAUGGACGGACCAGCUGGGACUCGGGGUGCCCAGCACCCCACUCCACCCGCACCAGCCACUCCCUCCUGGAGUCCUCAGUACUAUCCACUACAAGCUGCUCUGCCCAACCUGCACUUGACCAGGGCAAUCCUGAGUAUGCCAGCAUUGGUCGAAGAAGGGCAGAGCUGAGACAUGGCAAGCACAGCCAAUCACCCAGAGGCAGAACCCGAGGGGAGGUACCUGGCCCAGCCACCCCACUGUCCCUGCAUCUGGACCUGACCAAGGUGAGCGGGCCCAGCCUGGAAGGCAGCCUUGAGGCCCCAGACCAAUCUUUGGACACACCACAUUCCCCACUCUAUGCUGAUCCUUACACACCACCUGCUACCUCCCAUCACAAGAUCACAGAUGUCCAGGGCCUGGAUGAGUUCCUCAGUGCGAUGCGGAUCUCACCUGGACUGGAGCCAUCGAGCCCAUUCCCCUCAGUCCCUGUGUCUGUGCCUGUCUGUGACUCCAGCUCUGGACUCUCUAGUUCCCCUGGACUUCCAGGCUCCCAUCUGCUCUCCAAAAAGGGAGCUCCACAGUCCCGAGCCUCACAGAGGCACCGAGGCUCCAUCAAAGGCCAGGGGCCACGACCCCCAGACUCCUCAAAGCUCGUGAGUAGCAGCCCCUGCCCUGGUGUGAGGAGACCCAGGCCCUGGGCUCAAAGGGGCCUGGGAAGGGGCUCCCGAGACUCUGGGGGGAAAGUAGAUGCCAGAGAGUAUGGGGUAGGCACAGGCCAGGGACAGAGACAUGGGGUAGCAGGACAGGGAACCUCAGAUCAAGGAGAGGAUGGUGCAGGGCCAGGGGGCAAAGAUAGGGAAGGGGCUGUCAGAUUGGGUGGGCUAAUCUGUCCCAGUUCUCAGACUUGUGUUUUGGGAUUCCCAGGUUGUCCCUGCCAAGAAAGUUUCACCCGGCACCCUGCUGGUGUUGCUUCCUACAGGCCAAUAUGUGAUGUGUCUCUGCCCUCCCCACCAGGCGAGUGCCCCAUCUGGGACAAGGUUUCAUGUCCCUCCCACCAGAAGUGGUCACAGCUCAGGAGGCCUGAGACAGAGGGAGGACUCAUUCAGUGGAUCUGAUGAUCCCCAGGCAGGCUGCUUCUCAGAACCACAUCCCACCAAUGCCAACCUUAAGGGGGAUCUGCAGCCAACCUGCCCUCUGCCCCCUUCAGAUCCAAGUCAGGGUCUGACCCCAGAAGGUCAAGGGUCUCUCCAGAACCCUGAAAGUACAAGUACCCCUCCCUGGGCUCUGGCCCCUCAGCUUCACCAGCAGCUGCAGCAGCUGGGAGGGGGGGAGCAUUGCACUUCA